CCAACCAUUAAACUGUUCUGGAAAUGUAUAUUACCUUUUAUAGUAAUCCAUUUGUCUUUCCCUUUUCCAUGCAAACUAACACUGUCAUACUCACAAUUGCAAAUUUGGGAACCCAAAGGCUGACACAAAAAUGAGAUGCUUAAGGUCCCCUUUACAUUCUUCUCCUUUGCCAUCAACUCUAUUCAAGAAACCUUAUAUAGAGAAAGUGGAUCUUGUCCUUUUCAUUUUCCUCCAAGCCACCACUCUUUGCAACUCCAUUUUGUUACUUUGUCUUAGAUUGAGCUUCAAGUAGUACUAGUAGUCUCACUCUCUCACACACAUUGUCUCAAAUGGCCUCUCUCUCUCUUCUCCUUGUUGGUUUCCUUUUGUUUUCUUGUGAAAUGAUAGGAAUGAGGAGCAAUGCACAUGGGGAAGAAAUGGAAAUGGAAGAAGAGGAGUUAUUGGGGUUGUUUGAAGUGAUGGAAGCUCUUGUUGAUGACCCUGACUGGGCCCAAGCACACCCUCAACCAUGCACUGACACACCAUGGCCUGGAGUUGAGUGUGAAGUUAGCGAUGAGACACCAAUCUUUCAUGUCACAAAGAUCCACAUUGGUCCCGAUAUACUCUCCCCACCUUGCAAAUCCUCUUCAUACCUAUCUCACUCCUUGCUCAAACUCACUUAUUUGAAAACACUUUCAAUUUUCAACUGUUUUGUUGCUUCACCAAUCACUCUACCCUCAACUCUCUUUGGUCCUUUCUCCACCUUGGAACACCUUGCUUUGCAGUCUAAUCCAUCACUCUCUGGAGAAAUACCUCCAAGUUUGGGAAGUGCUACUAGUCUUAGAGUUCUUAGCCUUUCCCAGAACAACUUCCAGGGAAACAUUCCAAGGCAAAUUGGUGGUUUGGUGAGUUUGGAGCAACUUGACCUGAGUUAUAAUAACUUCAGUGGUCAAAUCCCCAAGGAAAUUGGAGAUUUGAAAAGUAUUGCCAUUUUGGACCUAAGUUGGAAUGAAAUUGAAGGGAACUUGCCUUGUUCUAUUGGACAACUUCAACUUCUUCAGAAGAUGGAUUUGAGCUCAAACAGGCUAAAUGGAAAAAUACCUCCUGAUUUAGGAAACCUCAAGAGGUUAGUCUUGCUUGAUUUGAGUCAUAAUUUCAUUGGUGGACCUAUUCCGGAAACCUUGUCAAAUUUAGAGCUUUUAGAAUAUUUUCUCAUUGAUGACAACCCCAUCAAAUCAGAGAUACCCCACUUCAUAGGGAACCUUUGCAAGCUGAAGUCAAUGAGCUUCUCAGGUUGUGGGUUGAUUGGCUCCAUACCCAAUUCUUUCUCAUCCUUGAAGAACCUUACAGCUCUCUCCCUAGACAACAAUAGCCUCAGUGGAUCAGUUCCUCCAAAUCUUGGCUUGCUCCAAAACUUAGACCAACUUAACAUCAGCCACAACAUGCUGAAUGGAGUUCUUCAGCUCCCUGAUGAGUUCAUUGGAAAACUUGGUAAAAGGUUGGAUGUGAGAGGAAACACUGAACUUUGCAUCAGUGAUCAGCCAAACAAGAAGAACGUGUCUUCAUAUUUGGAAAUCCCCUAUUGUGCAAACAUGAAACCAAAAAGUGGCAAAUCUUUUGCUGAAGAACCACCAGAAGAUCCAGCAGGAAUCAAGCCAUCUUUGUACCAGAGCAACAUAAGUUCAAGCUCAUCAUGGCUGGAUUUACAACUCAUCCUGCUUACCUUGGGAGCAAGUUUCUAUUUUUGCUGAUUAGUCCCUUAUCAUGGUUGGAUCUACAAGUCAUCCUGUUUACCUUGGUUUUAAAUUUUACCCUUUCUUUCCUAAAUUUGUUUUUGUGACACUUGGAAUGUAUUUUAUAAAUAUCUUUACUCGUAUAUUAUCUACAUUAAACUGCAUUCAUAGACAUAGUCGUAUAAUAGGUAUUGUUCUACUGUUCUUGUUGGUGAUGUGAUGUCCAUGGAAAUUACAUUAUUCACAUAAAAAAAUGCAUGCAGUUUUAACUUUUUAAGUAAUGCUUAUUAGCGGCUUCAUUGAAUAGGUGUGCUUGCAUAUGCAU